AUGAUUGUCAACGCGAUUCUAAUGAGAUGCAAAAUAAAUUCCCAACAUUCUAUUCAACAAUUUGUAAAUUAUUUACAAGAACGAGUAACGCAGACUAUAGAAUACUCUUAUUUUCCUCUUCAACGUAUACUUGCUCAACAUCCGCUCAAUGCUCGCCCUGCAUUUCUCGAUACAUACUUUCAGUUCAGUUCUAUAUCAAAUGAAACAAGUGACACAAAAGUCUCAAUCAAUGAUAUUUCUAUUAUAACAAUGCCUUAUUCCGUCCAAAUCGAUGACGCUGAAAUCGCAAGUAAAUUUGACUUUUCUCUCAAUAUUUUAUAUAAUCCAGUAACUAGUCAAUUAUCAUGCACUCUUGAUGCCUCUACUGACUUAUUCAAUGAAUUAACUAUUGCUAAGAUGUUACAACAGUUUCACGGUUUACUUCAGCAGCUUUUCACACCCAAUACAAACGAUCAACGCCAUCAAUCGAUGUGUUAA